CCACCAUCCACCAUCCAGCACUUCAUCUCCUUCCUCUUUCCCAUACCACUUCCUUCCCUUCCAUCUUGUUCAGUUGUUCCAAGUAUAGAAGAUGUUGAUCAAAGUAAAGACGCUCACGGGGAAAGAGAUCGAGAUCGAUAUCGACGCAGACGACUACAUAUCGAGGAUCAAAGAGAAAGUCGAAGAGCAGUCCGGGGUUCCCCCACCCCAACAACGGCUGAUCUUCGCCGGUCGGCAGAUGGCGGACGACAAGACUGCUCGAGAACUGAAUAUCACUGCCGGGAGCACGCUUCAUCUUGUGCUCGCCCUUCGGGGAGGCCGAUGAACGGAACAGAAGAGCGAGGAUCAGCUUGGCUCAACUCGGCUCAGCUGGGCUGGGAUGUCGUGGAGCGAGCGGUGGGUGGAGCGCCGGGUGCGGGAAGUCAUGCAAGGGCAGAGCGGAGCGGUAGAGCGGUAGAUGCACGCAUGUAUGAGGAAUACAGAUGUGUUUUU